CGCGCCUGGGCGCUCGCUCGCUCGCGCUGAGGAAAACGUUGCGCAGGUUCAUAAAUGGAACGUCGGCGGCGUGAGGGAGCGCGAGGGGGUGUGCGCGCGUGCGCGUGCGCGUGCGCGCCCGGGCGAGGGUGACGGGGUCCCGGCCGCCCCGAGCAUCGCGCGCCGCAACCGCGGCCCCGCAGCUCCGCCCCCGGCCUGGCCCGGCCCCGGGCCCGCUCGUCCACCGCCCCCCAUGGAGCUGUCAGCCAUCGGCGAGCAGGUGUUCGCUGUGGAGAGCAUCCGGAAGAAGCGCGUGCGGAAGGGCAAAGUGGAAUACCUGGUGAAGUGGAAAGGAUGGCCCCCAAAGUACAGCACGUGGGAGCCAGAAGAGCACAUCCUGGACCCCCGCCUGGUCAUGGCCUAUGAGGAGAAGGAGGAGAGAGACCGAGCGUCGGGGUACAGGAAGAGAGGCCCGAAACCCAAGCGGCUCCUGCUGCAGCGGCUGUACAGCAUGGACCUGCGGAGCUCCCACAAGGCCAAGGGCAAGGAGAAGCUCUGCUUCUCCCUGGCGCGCCCACUCGGCAGCGGGAGCCCCGAGGGGGUGGUCAAGGCGGGGGCGCCUGAGCUGGUGGACAAGGGCCCCUUGGUGCCCACCCUGCCUUUCCCGCUCCGCAAGCCGCGCAAGGCCCACAAGUACCUGCGGCUCUCACGCAAGAAGUUCCCGCCCCGCGGGCCCAACCUGGAGAGUCACAGCCAUCCACGGGAGCUCUUCCUGCAGGAGUCACCGGCCCCGGACGCCCUGCAGGCAGCCAGCGAGUGGGAGCCUGCUGAGCAGCCCCCUGGAGAGGAGGCAGAAGCAGACGUGGCCGAGGGGCCCCCUCCCUGGACACCUGUGCUCCCCACAAGUGAAGUGACAGUGACUGAUAUCACCGCCAACUCCAUCACCGUCACCUUCCGUGAGGCCCAGGCGGCUGAGGGCUUCUUCCGAGACCGCAGCGGGAAGUUCUGAACCACCAUUUUUACUUUUCUUAAACUGUUUUUUGGGGGGCUUGGGGUGGGGACUUCCAGAGAUGGG